AUGAUAUUUUGGUUAUCUAUUGGUCUGUACAGUAUCCACAUAGAAGUGCAUCCGCCCGUUAUUAUUACGAAACCGUUUGGUCUUGUAAUUUUUGUUAUUUAUCACUAUGCCUCCAAGAUCGAAAAGAAGAUAGGUCAAUCAGUAGCUGCUCUAAGAAAUCGUUGGGUAAAGGAAAAUAUUGACCGAUCAGAAGAAGUUUUCUACGUGGGAAGUGCUAUCAAUGUGGAUGAGUUAAAUGAAGAUAAUAAACAGGAAGACUUUUUUAACAACAAAAUUAGUGUUUUGAAUACUGGAAAUUUGCUUGAAAUUAUCAAACAAGAAACUUCUUUGCGGUCCUUGUCUAUGUUAGUUUUCUUAUCAUUAAUGUAUUUCGGUAUACCUCGGCGAGAAAUCGAUUCAUUUUCAAAAGAUAUUGGUGCGCUUACUGCCGAAACAUGCCAUAAAAGCAGCGCAAAUCUAAUUGAACAAGAUUUAGACGAACUUUUGGUGGACAAUAGAAGUGGUAAGCAUAGUGAAGGUUUAGUAGCAUAUGAACGUGGCGAUUCUUAUAAAGAUGUUCUGAAAAUGUAUUUUAGCUCAAUUUGCAAAGCCAACGUCGUUUCACAUCGUCAAAUCACCAAUUCUAAGUUGGAUGACUGA